UUCACUCUUUGUCGGAGGUGGGAGGACUAGCUGCCCAGUUAGCAGCUGAGCUAAAUUCGCUAACUGUGUUUUUGUAAAAAAUUACUUUUUUGUAACACGGCCCGUAAAUAUCCUCACACCGGGUCCUUUUCCGUGUAUUGUGCUCCAAUACGAUGGUCGUUCUGACAAAUAACAAUGAAGAGCAGGAUUAUAUCCUGAUAGAGGAGCGUAAAUGCGUCUCCUUGCCCAGCUCUCCUGCCAAGCGAGUGUCUCCCACCAAAAAGAAGCAGUUUUAUAUCAACCAAGCCAUCCGCAACUCUGACCUCACUCCCCGAGCCAAAGGCAAGAAGAGCCUUCGCCGACAGGAGAACACACGUUUUCUUGCUAAUCUUCUUGAGAGAGAUGAGUGCUCCAAAGAUGAUCUGGAGGUUUGCAGUAACCCGGCCAUCCCGUCCAUUUUCACUGAAGCCUGCAACAAUGGAAACUACAUAGAGCCAUGGAAUGACUUCAUGAACUGCUCUGGUGAGGAGCAAGAGAGGCUGCUGUCUCUGCUGGAGCAGGAAGUGGCCAAGAAGAAAGAUACUAAUCGUCUCCUCAAAGACCAGAGGAAUGUAAAUCCUGCCUUCAAUGCUCAGGAUUGCUUCCAGAGAAUUGAUCGCAGACUGCGAGCCACUUUGAGACGGAAACAAGUCCCCAUGGGAAUUCUGGAAGUACUUGAGGAAAAUCUUGUGAACUUCUUCAAUACUCAGCCUCGUUCUAUUUAUACAACCAACCUCACCAGCAGCUUUGAGAGACUGUUGCUUCACGCCGUCUGCCAGUACAUGGACCUCGUCUCUGCAAGCACCAACUACAAUGGGUCACGUCAGACUGAAGUGGUGAACAAACAAGAAGAGUUUCUCCCUCCGACACUUCUGUUGUCCGCUUACCUGGAGCAGAUAAGCUGAGACCAGGAUGCUCCUGGGAGCUGACAUAUAUAGAGAAGGUCUGUGUAUCUGUGUAAUGUCCACCACCUUCUGCAAACACAGAUGAGAGACAACAGCUUCCUCUACACUGGUCUGUGGGUUCUGUAGUACAUUUUCUAUUAAUUAUUCUGAAUGAACAACUCAUCAAUAGUCCAUUGAUUCAUGUAUAUAUACAGUAUAACCUAAUUUUCACAAGGUAAAUAUUAGCAUGUUAGGUUAUUAAACAGUGAAUAAGUGAAUAAACAGAGAUAAACAGUCAUUUUAAAGUGCAGGGAGUAGACACACACCAGAAGCUGAUAUCGGAAAGUUUAAACCGCUCUGACUGCAACAUCCCAACAGACAUGAACCUGUUUUGUUAUAGUUUAUUGCAUGACCUCUUGAGUUGCACCAGAUUCAGCACAUAUUAGACAUUUUCUGUUAUAGUAGAAAUGUCACAGCUGCGUUGCAUAGUCCCUUUUUCCCAGGUAUUUGAAAAGUUGAAUUGUAAUAUAAGUAUAUAAGUAAUGAUGAAUGAAAUUUAAAAAAAACCUAAACCAAAUCAGCUAUGUUUAAAAAAGAAAUCCAUUCUUGUGACCACAAAUAUUUACUGGAGCUGAAAGAAGAAAAACAUCUGGCAUAAUGAUGAUACAGUAUUCUUCUCAAUGAUCACAUUAGUGACACUGUUAUUAGCCCUGAAACAGCAGAAUAUCAAAAUGUUAUUUGCAAGACUGGCAUAAUCAAGACACAAUGGAUGAAUUUAAGAUUAAAUUAAGUCAUGGUUCAAAAUAGAUGAAGGUUCAAAUGAUAUCAGCUUUUGCGAAGUGUCUACUAAUGUAGUGGUUUUACUAAUACUUUACUAGCCCAAUCACUCUAGUCUCUCUUCAUGAAGUGAAUAUUAUUCAUUAGCUCAUAACAUCAAUGCAUAUCAAGGUCUGGGAUAUUUUAGACAAUAGGUUAAAAGUCAUUACUAUAUUAAGUGAAAUGAGCAGCUGUAAAGAAGUAGUGGCUGAUAUUGUUCUAAACACAGACAAAUCAUCAGAGUCUAAAGGACGACUCUUAAAUAGGACAUUCAAACGAUGGUUGUGCAGGAAAAGACGAUUAUACUUGCGACUUAAACAGUCUUCAGAGAAACGUAAUAAAAAUCUGUUAUGAAUUGAAAAGUUCUCCGAGGCAACGAUGGCUGAUCAGAUCGGUGUUUUACAGACCAAAGACGGCCUGCACAAGUCAAGGAUCAAAUAUUCACUGCUGAACACAGUGUAUGUAAACAUGGGUUCACACAAAUGGAAAAAACAAUGCAGGGCAAAAAAAGUGAUAAAGAGUGACGCUAAUGUGCUUCCACUCAAAUGUACUGUAACAUUGUUGGUACUACUAUACAAUUCAAUGUAUUACUGAUGACAAACAGUUAAACACCACGUGAAAAUGACUUCCCUAUGACCUAACUAACAUCCUCAGGAGUUAGGAGACUGUUACCAGAAAGCACAACUUCCUCACACUAAAUGACAAUUAAAAAAUAGUUGGUAAAUGAAUGGAACUUUUAACUCUGGACCCACUUAUCAGCUCUGUUCAGGAUGUGAGGACCAUGAAGGUCCAAUAAUAUAUGACGUGAAUAUAUGUGUUAAUGUGUUGAGACAGGAAGUGAUCCGUUGCAUUACUGCCUAAAGGAUCAGCCUGUAGGUGUAUGACUUGUGUAAGCAGUGAAGCAUGAAUACUUAUAAUCUCUUUCAACGAUAUGCUCAGACUCGUCACUUAUGGCUCAUGUAGGUGUAAAGAAAUAUUUGUCAUCAGGUGUGUGAAAUAACAGACUUCUAAUACACUUAUAAUACACCAAUAUUGACAUAAUGACUGUAUUUUAUAAUCAUCUCUGUGUUAUGCAUUAGGAGGAAAAUUACUCUUUUAAUAUGUUUACUUCAGGGUCCGCUUUUUAUUUUGCUCUGUCAAACCUCAUCGUGUUUCAAGUCAUCGUCUAAGUGGCAGGGUUACUUUUUAUCCAACCAAACUGUCAAUAUUGAUAAAUGAACACCGUUACAAAUACCACAAUAACUGUCAUAAUGGAACAAUAUUUUAAAGGCUUCUUUUCCCACUUGAAGCUAAAAUCAAUGAAAACAUGGCACCACUGUGGACAAGCUGAUCCAUGUGCACAAGUGUAGGCAAGGUACACGUGUUCUUUCAGCCACAUUUAACGUUCACUGUCAAAAAAAAGAGCUGUACUAACACACAACUACAACUUAUAAGCCUCUCUCUUACAUGAACUGGUAUUUUAAGUGUGUAAUUGUGCAUUAGUUAGUUUGCACUUGUAGAGAAACAACAACAUUUAAUGUGUUUGAUGGUAAAAAAAAAAAAAAACACCUGCUGAGUUUUAACUUUCAGGUAUGUGUCAUAUUUACAACACCAGAAAAUCUGCCUUAAAACACGUUCUUUGUAUAUAUAUUUAUGAAUUUUUACUUGACUACAGUUUGGAAAGUUGUAUCCAGAUGAUUAAAAAAAAAAAAACAGACCUUAUUACCAAUUUCGUUUUUAUACUGCUGUCAGCAGUGUAACUUGACCUGUUGGUGCAUUUUGUCAAAAACCAAAGUUUGUGUGUUUGUUGUGAGGGAAAUCAACUUCUCAGGCUUUCGAUUUCUCACUCUGAAUGUCAUGUCGUGGCUUCACUUGGUGGUGUUUUCUCUGUACUGUAUACUCUCAUCACGAUGAACUGAAUCAUGUUCACUCCGACACCUCGGGGUGCUGCCAACUCUUUAAAUCCCCGUAGAAGUAGUUGUACUGUAAAUACUGAACUUGACUGGUGCCAUAAUUGACUGGUGGUUUGUGAAUGCCUAAAAUUGUCUGAAAGCUUUAUACACAAGACCAUAACAUCCAUGUGUAUAUAAUGAUAAAUGUGCUUAUUUAUAGGUAUCACUGCAACUAUUAAAGCAUUCAGUUUCUUUGUU